AUACAACUAAAUUUACCACUAAAAACAGUUCUUAAGUACAUUACACGAGAUCAUGAGAGACAACAAGCAGUUUUCAGAAGAUGGGAACGAGGAUAAAUCGUCGUCCCUCUAUUGUUGGUGGCGCUCAUGCGCUACCAGUGAAGAGCUACGUAACAUGAAGGUUACGAGUUUAUGUGAUGUCGCGGAGUUAACUCCGCGACUAAAAGUGAUGCGAGAGAUGGAAAGGCUAGCAUUAAUUGCAUCGGAAGGGCUCGAUGAUCUUCGAUGCAGGCUCUUGGCUUACCGAGCUGGGGAUUUGUGGGUCCCAAUUGGUGGGAUCAAUAAGGAGGAGAUGGAGAUGCCUUCUGUUAACACUAUUUUGUUGGUGGGAUUUACUGGUGGUGGGAAGAGUUCUUUGGUUAAUUAUAUGUAUAGUGUACUUGCAAGGGCUGGAGUCAUACCCUUUGCUCAGACUUCAGGAAGCUCAACAAAUUCAGAAUUCACAACAAUGACACUGGAAGAACACAAUGUUUUAAGAUCAACGAAAGCUGGAUUCUGCGUCUACGAUUCGAGGGGGUUUAGAUAUGAGGAUCCAAUGGAUGAGACCCUAAUGGAGUUGUCGCAGUGGACUAAUGAAGGGGUCCAACAUAAUCAACUUUGCUACAUUUCAGGGGAUGAUUUUGGCUUGGGAUCAACCUCCACAGCUACAAGGUUUGUUAAGAGACAUGUUAAUUGUGUAAUGGUGGUUGCUAAUAUGAGUUUUAUGUAUCAUUGCUUCAAGGCAUCUGAUUCUUCAUCUUUGGAAGCAACCAAACUACUCUUCUCCUACUCGGCUUUAAAAACAAGCAAUCAAAACCCAAUAUUAAUACUAACUCAUGGAGACAAGCUAACAGCAGAGGAAAGAAUCGAUGGUCGUGUGAAAAUUUGCCAGUUUCUAGGAAUUUCUGAAACAAGUGGUGUAUAUGACAUUGUCUGCCUGACUGAAUGUGGAGUCCUAGCCGAAGAAUCCGACCCAAUUACAGCAUAUGCACUCACUGAGGCUGUUUACAGGGCGCUACUUAUUUCAGACAUCACCCAUCUCCCUAAGCAGAAUUUCAAAGACAAAUUAAACUACACCGUUUCAUGGGUUUUACUAGUGAUUGCUUCUUUCUGUUCUUUCCUUGCUCGUCUUUUCUCCGGUCUAAGUCGAAAACACCGCAAGCUUAAAUCUUACUAGAGUCUACAAAGGGGUGCACGGGACUUGAACAACACUGUCUUAUUGAGAUUGAUAUGAUUGAUUAUUUAAUGUAACAAAUUAAAUUUAGUGUUAAUUGUGUUAAGUAUUUACAGCAUGUAGGACAUAUCCAAAGGCUUAAAGCAUAAACUAAGCAAGAACGUAACAAUGGAACCAAAACACAUGUGCUCGACCAAGAUGCUCGUUCGAGCAACGAUGUGCUUGUUCUAGCACUAUGUUGCUCGUUUGAGCACAUCAAUGAUGUUCUGGUAGUUUGUUUCCAAAGCUACUGUCUGAUGGUUUGAGCAUGUGCUCGUUUGAGCACUUAGGAAAUUUCGCGUCAGAAAGUUUGUGGUAGUGAUUUUGGUUCAUGCUCGUUCGAGCACUUUGGAACAGAACAUUUGUUCGUGGAUCAAAACUUCAUUUCAUAGAGUGUUGUGUUGUUAUGAACUAUUGUUUUACUUUAUAUAUUUAGUAAAUGGAUUUGGAUUGAUCACUGCUACUCUACUCUAUAAAUAAGAGUUGGUGCAUGAAAUUAUUUACAUCUUGAAAUAUAAUUUAUGUCUCAUCUGUCUCUCAA